CGACAAAUACAGCCCAGUCGUUGUCCACCUUAACCGAACAAUAUCGCCGUGCAUUUUUCUCGUGCGAUUGAUACGACCGAGCUAAGCCUUUUUCUUCAAACAGGAGCCGAUCUAUGGGGAUACAUUACCACAUGGAUACAGAACGUCUCUUGUCAGACCAGUCACGAACAAUCGGGGUCUUGAGAUACCAAUGCCUACCAGCAGAGUCCACCCGAUUGCUGCCCUGACCCCCGAGCUUGAAGCGGUCCUGAAAGAGGACACGAACCGUCGUUUGAGGAACCUGAUAGCGGCCAACAUCAAGACACGUUAUGCUCGUAGUUCCCCCCAACUCUCAGACUUCUUUCUCGCCGUCAAUGAAAAGGAUAUACAGAACGACGAGUCGGUCCUCUUGGACUUCCGUCGACUCGUUCCCCCUACCGACUACGAGUCUUACCGCCCAUUCAUGAUGAUGUUCAAUUCCCAUCCUUGCAAGUUGUCCGAAGUCGAGAACAUGCUUGCACCAGGUCUUCCAAUUUACAUUCCCCUCUCAAGUGCUACUUCUGGCAAGAUAUGCAAGCAGUUUGCCAAGUACUUUCGAUCUCGGCCCUAUUCGGCCAGCCCCUUGCCAUCCCGCGUAGGAGUUAUUUCACUCAUUUACACCUUCGCAUAUAGAGACCCGGUAGAGGUCGUAACGGAUUCUGGUGAUGUCGCGAAGAGGAUUCCUGUAUGCAGCGAUUCGACUGGGGUAACGCGCGCACAAAACAAUUGGUCCAUUGAGACAGAUGACACUCGCAUGGCGUCUAUACUUCCAGGUCACGUAGCUCCAUGGGCCACAGGAUUUAUCAUCCACCACCGGUCCUUCCUGUUGAUCCAUGCACUGUUUGCUUUGGCGAAUCCGUCCCUGGAGGGGAUUAGUGUGCCAUUUGUAACAAUUUUCAUGGACAUGGUGCAUCGCAUGGAAGAAGAGUGGGCUACACUCAUCUCAAGCAUUCGAAAUGGGACCAUCCCAAAUUUCGAGCAGAUAGACCACGUCCAGACUUACCUGCAGCUUAACAUGCGCGCAGACCCACAGCGAGCAGAUGAACUUCGACACAUUGGACCUCCUCUUUCUGGCCCUGGGUGGGCUCAGCGUGUUUGGCCACGUCUGAAGCUCCUUACAAGCAUUUGUAGCGGUACAUUCGCCGCAUCACUACCCCAGGCGAGGUCAAUCCUCGGACCAAACGUGGUGAUCUACAACCCUUUGUAUAUAUGCACAGAAUGCCUCAUAGGUAGAUCCCUCAACCUCGAGGAUACAGAGACUUUCGUUGUUGCAACCGAUGACCUCAUCGAGUUUCUUGACAUGACACAAGAAUCGACACAUGGACAAGUACUUCAAGCGUGGGACCUUCAACCGGGAAAGUUCUACCAGCCUAUGUCAACGACCCAUGAUGGGCUAUGGAGAUACCUUAUAGACGACGUCAUCCAAGUCACCGGGUUUGACCCGCGUAGCGGGUUGCCGGUAUUUAGGUACUCUAGACGGACGAAUCUGGAGCUCCGGCUGCCACAUGCCAUAAUCACGGAAGCUGACCUUGUUAGCGUGAUUCAUGCGAUUAGCGGAGAGGAUAUCGUGGAAGUGCAAGAGUUCACAACAGUCGUUGACGACCGCAAAUUCCCCCAGACAGUCGGAUUUUUCGUCUCAGUCACGGGCGACAUAGGUCCCAAUGCGAAAUCUGCGAGGCAGAAGGGCUUCGCAGCCCUCGUUGCGACAAAUGUCGAACACCAAAUUGCAUUUGACGCCGAUGAAUUUGGUUUGCCCACAAUCCGGAUUAUAAAGCCCGGAACAUUUGCAGAUUAUCGGCGGUGGCGAGGAGAAAGUUUGAACGUUGGCGUUGGGCAGACCAAGCUUCCGGCUGUGCUUACUGACCCUAAGGCGCAAGAGUGGAUGGCGAGGAGGGUCGUGACGGAGCUCUGAUUGCAAAUAAUCGCCUGUGGCAAGCCUGGGUACAGAUUCUCCUUCUGUUACUUUACCCACAAACACCGAAUACAUGAGAAAUCACCAUAUGAGGG